AUGCUCGAUACUUACGUACAAGAACAUCAGCGCUCGGUAUACGCAAGUACCGCUCAGUUGACCGAGCAAGGUACCGCCGCUCGGUACCGCGAGCCGGUACAUGCUCGAUACACGCUCGAUAAAUAUUCUAAUGAUUCUUCACAGGAGUCGCACAGGGAUUCCAGUGCUAAUCUGUUUAGAGAAGCCAAAGGAACAUGGUGUGAUAUGCUUACAGCAGUUCUGAAAAAUGAGUGGAGGAACUGUAAGAGAGCAGUGGAGGCAUCUUCACCUCUUAAAGAUCCCAAAUCCAUACUAAUUCCAUCACGCUCCUUCUCUUCUGGAGAUGGUGAGAAGAUGUCUGAGUUGGUUAAGGUUUUUGUCCUGCAACGCCAACUACUCAUUUUUUCUUCAGGAGGAUCGCUAGCUGAACAGCCUCCUUUGAACGCUCCUAUGAGUUCCCAUUUAGAUUAUAGUGCGAAAACUGCUUAUUUGGAUGCAUUUGCUCCAAAACCUGGCAGUGAAAUAAACUCAGAGAAUGCACUGCCUUGCAGAAUAGCAUUUGAGAGAGGUAAAGAAAGGCACUUCAGCUUUUUAGCUAUUUCGAAGGGAGAAUCUGGCUGGAUUGUUCUCUUAGAAGAAUUACCGCUCAACCAACAACGUGGGUUAGUUCGUGUAUCCGCGCCUUUGGCUGGUUCAGAUCCAAGAAUUGAUGAAAAACAUCCAAAGUGGCUCCAUUUGCGCAUCCGUCCGUCCAAUCUUCCAUUUCUAGAUUCGAAGAAUGAUCCCUUAGGACGGUCGAAAACCAAAGUUCUGGUUGACGGUAGAUGGACUUUAGCCUUCAGGGAUGAUCAGGCCUGCAAAUUAGCAGAGUCAAUGGUGAUUAAAGAAAUGCAUCUGUUACAAAACCAAGUCAAGGAAAUAUUAAAGCCUUUACUUGAAGAUCAAAUGAUGCGCAUUUCAUCGAAUCCUUCGCACAAAUCCUCCGAUGAACUCCUCGAAGAACAGCCAUUAAACACAGGGUGAUCAUUAUUUUUUUUGCAGAUGUGACGGCAAAUUCUUAAGUGUUUGGCUGCACAGAAUAAACGGCUUAAUCCACAAAGUGCUUUUGCCAAAUUGGUGGGUCUUUUCUCGCCAGCAGGUUGCUACUCAAUACAGUUGAGUUUGAGCUGUUUUGAGUUGGCUGCUGCUGCUGCUUUAAGGUCCAUUCUUUGUAUAUUAUUAGUCUUCAAGUUAAAGUUUCAGUCGCACUCGAUGCUUUAAUGUAUAAUUGUUCCAAGCUUCAUUUUUUAACAGAGCCAUGGGGCCAAAUUUGAUUUGUAUAUAUUCUGAUAUAGAAAUAUAAUUUUGGGUGAUGCAGAUCAGACUAGUAGAUGGUCACAAUGGCUAUUCUUGUAAGAACAGCUUCCAGUUAAUCAUAAAAUGUAGCACAAUAAAUCUUUCUUCUCA